UCCUACAGUUUGUAGCUGUGUGCAAACCUUGGUGGCUUUCCUGUGGCUGUUUCUCGAGGAAAAGUGAAACUGCUUAUCUCAUUUGUGUGGAGAGUGCAGUCUUCCCACCAAGACCCAUGGAGAUGGACUCUUUCCUCUGGGAUGAUGUUGGCUCUAUGGUACAGAAUAGAGCCAUGGAGCAAAUCAUUACACCAAUGACUAUCCAGCUUUGUCACCUGCUCAUCUCAGUGGAGAGGAAAGAUGUACAGAAAGAAGCACUUGCCUCCAUGCAGAAGGUGGCAGAGGACCUGGCCAAUGCUAGUGAGGAGUUUGUGCAUGUUGCCAGCAGGCUGGCCGGAGACUCUGAGGAGGAGUGGCUUAAGGAGGAAAUGCAGCCUGUGGUUGAGUCUUUGAUGCUCUCUGGAAGGAACAUCCUGAUGGUAACCCAGAAGCUCCCCCUGCAGCCGGAGUGCCAGCGCCACUGGGAGGAGCUAGUGGCCACCGCUCAACAGAUCCUGGUAGACACUACCAAGGUCCUGCUCCUUGAAGACGCAGCAAUGGCGAGGAAGACCGUGCCAGUCAGUGGUUGGUGUCUGACGUGCCUGGAGGCUCUCGAGGCCGCGGAGGAUGCGACUUCUCUGCGCGCCUCGAUCUCUGACCUGGCGGCUGCGCUGCUGCGACUGGGCAGCCUGACCAGGCGCUGGGCCCGGGACGAAAGCCUGUGUCGAAUUCGCCACCAGCUAGGGUGCUGCAUCCCAGCGCUACUAGCGGCCGCCCGCGGCCACCUCCGGCACCCGCACAAUCCGCAGGUGGUGGUAACACGGCGCCGCGUCUUUGCUCUGACCAGACAGAGCCUCAGGGAGCUCCAGGCUGUGCUGCAGCCCGGAGUCUCAGGGCCCGGUGCUCGCUCUCAGAAUGGCGCACUGGCGCGUUGUCUGCAGAAGCUGCAACAGGUCCUGGAGGAGCCUGGGCCAAGCCACCUGCGUGGUGGGCUGCUGGAUGCGCCACUGGCCGCGGUGGUGUGGCACUGCCUGCGCCUUGCUGCCUGCUCCGCGCCACGGGAGAGGAUGCAACUGGUGGCCCAUUGCCGCCAGCUGCUGCAGCUCCGUCCCCGGGUACACCGGCCUCCCCAGACCAGUGCAGGGACAGAAUGCAUAGCUCUGCGGGCUGCGACGGACGCACUCUGUCGGGGAGUCCGCGCUGGAUUACUGCGCCUGAUUCUGGAUACGUUCACAGAUACCCAAAGUCCUCUAGAGAGGCUGGGGCCGGCCGCCUUAGCAACUUCCACCAUCAGGCCCGGAUGCAAUAGCGAAGCCUUGGCCGAGACUCUCCGGCUUCCCCUCGAGGCUUUCCACAACCAAGCCAAGCAAAUGAUCCGAGUGGCACACUUUGUCUGGGUCUUCUGCCCCCAACAGCAAACUGGCAGAGACGUGGAGGCUGCUGUGGCAGGUCUUUGGGGGCUUGUUGUCAAAGUGAAGGAACUCUUUUCACAGAGUCCGCAAACACAUGGCCUGGAUUGGAGCUCUGCCACCCUGCAGGCUCUGCUUGAGGCCUGGGCUAGGGAAUCCCAACACCUCUUGGGAUGCUUUGAUGUGGUUCUUGAUAUUCCCGAAUUCCUGAGUUUGUCCAUCCAGGAAAUGACUAACCACUUGGACCUGUACACAAGGGCUCUGAGGAGUGGAGAGUCCAGAGAGUUCUCCGGAUCUGUGGCGUUCUUACAUGGAAGAGCCACACACAUAGUACAGGUGAUGAGCAGGUAUGUGGGUCAAGACCCAGAUCCCAUUUUCCGAAAUGGGAUGAGAGUCGUGGUUCAGCAGCUGGCGCAGUCUUCCUUGACUCUGGCUGCAGCCACUGAAGGCAGCACAAGUGGGGACAGCACUCAGGACAUCCGUCCCUUUUUAACCAAGGCACAACAUCUCAUCUAUUCAGCUCGGCAAGUCCACAAGGGGCUGGAUGGGGCCAACCACCCAGACAUCCUCAGUCCGCUUCGAUUCCAAGUCCAAAGGUUUGACAUUGCCAAGGGACGGCCUUAUUUUAUUCUCCCCAGCAUCCAGCAUCCCGCAGCUCCCUCAGUGACAUGCCAGCAGGUAGCUGGGUUAGGGGAAAGUGGCACAAACACUUCUUUCCUACCAGUAGAACAACUUUCCUACACAGUGGUCCCUGACACCUGCAAACAGGGGUGGGCCUCUCCACUCCUUGCUGUCAGCGAAGUCAUCACUGCUAUGGAGAACCGGGAUCACCAGGUAGUGACCUCACCAUGCACCAACAUGCUAGAGCGGGAGUCUACUGUGAAUAUAGCCCAAGAAAUCCAGGCUGGGGAAGAACCCGUGCGGCCAGGGAGGAUGAGAAGACCACACAAAUUCUCAACAGUGGUACCUUUGAUUACUGACCUAGCCAGGGAGGAAGUCCCUAGCACACACACUAGAAGUGACAGGCUCCUAGGAAUGGCUUUUCAGCAAUCUGGGAGGACCAGGGAAGCUAGGCAAGCUUUGGUAGCCACGGCCAGUGACUGGUACUCUCUGUGUCAACAACUAUUUUGCCAUAGCCAAAUGACUGAGUUACCAGGGAGCAUGGCAGUUUUUGUGGAGCUUCGGCAGAAUUUGGCCUCAAUGGUUCAAGUAGCAGCCAAAAGUGGCCCUGUGAAUUUGAAAGAGAAGAGCCCUGACCCAAUGGGGCACCCAAGAAUACUUUUAGAGCUACAAGGACUGUUGGAAAAAACAGAGAUCCAUGCUAAACAGCUGUUGGACCAAGCUCUGUCCUUUGAUGGUCUCCAAGACCCCAAGUUGAGGGAAGAGAAUGUUGACAAUGAGUGCCUUCUAUGGGCAGUGGCUGUCCAGGACCUGAUACAGUGUAUAAACAGACUCAGUAAGAGACAGGGGCUGUUCCUACUUCCCCUGCAACAAGCAGUGAAGAACCAGCAGGGCUUGCAGGAAGGGUUAGAUCAGGCAGCAGAUGUUUCUCAAAGGUUACAAGAGGCCGCCGAGCUGUCUAGUGUUCUGUGUGGGGAUGAACAGGUAAAGGGUGAGGUCUCCUUUUUGUGUGGGGAAGUUCGGGUACUCACAGAUGCCUUGCUGGAGGUGGCACACAUCUUGGUCUCCUCCCACAAGCCUUGUCCCAGCCUCUCCACACGCUUUGAGCUUCUCUGCUUGGAACUUAGCCUUCGAGCCAAGGCUCUGACUGACUACCUGAGCAGCAUCAACACUGUCUAUGAGGAAGUGUUCCAAGAUGUUGUUGACAAGAGCUCCCCGUCAAGGCUGUUGUCUGUUAUCCAAGUUGUGCAGGGAAUCAUAGCAGGAGGUCAAGAGUCUGGAGCCUUCCAGGAAGACCUUCUUGUGUCUCUGAAGAGCAUUCUCAUGCUUACUAAGGAGGUGGCCAAGAGGGUCCCCGUGCUCCAAGAACACCCAGAGGAGCAGGGGUUGCCUAUGCUGGACUGGCUUCGGUGGGAAUGGGCCGCCAAGGCCCACCAUGUAGUGACUCAGCUCCAGGCCUUGCAAGGUGGUCACACUGGGGCCUGGAGACUCCUGAUCCAAUGCUUGAAAGCCAGGGAGGAGCCAGUAAAGGCCCUAGAAGAGGAUCCAGACCAACUGCAGCCUCACUGUAAAGAGGAUUCAGCAGGAACCACUGCAGGGGGCAGUGUGGAUUCUCUGGAUGCUGUUCCCAAAGGCACUCCCCAAAGCUCAAUGGGGACCUGUGCUGAUGAGCAAGCCACCACGGUAGACAUGAGCAUGGUAGGCUACCUGGCAUCUUUCAUCUACCUCACCUGGACCUGCUUCCUAGUAACUAAAGACCCUUGCACAUUCCAGAGACUCGAUGCCCACACCACAUAUAUAAUUCACACAGGGCAGACAGCAUGGGCAGCCUCUAAAAGCCUAAGGUUGGGUUUCAGGUUCCCUAGCCUGCAGCUACCUCUGCCACCCUCACUUCUUUUUUCUCAUCAAAAUGUCACUUCCACGAAAGGGGACCCUGUGACCCAAAGUGGCAACCCCUCUCUGCCUCCUGCUCAGAUGGACCUGACUGUUCCAGAGGACAACCCUACAGACAGUGAGAACAGAAUCACCCAGAUCACACAAGAGAUGGCCAAGGAGGUGCUCCUGAUGGCUCAGAGCUUGAGGAAGAGAGGGCGAGUCCUGACCAAAGAUCAGCUCAUUGCUUCAGCCAGAAAAAUCUCAGCUUCCGGAAAGGACAUUGCCAGACUCGUUCAAAUCAUUGCUAAGAACUGCAUAGACCAGAGAUGCUCCCAGGAGCUUCUGUGUAUGGUGGAACAGAUUCAAACCCUGAGCAGCCAGCUCAGCAUCAUCUCCAGUGUAAAGGCCUCCCUCGAAAGAAGCAAGUCCUCUGAAGAGCUCCUUGUGGACAAUGCACAGGGGCUCCUCCAGGCCGUCUCCAAGACUGUGCGGGCUUCGGAAGCUGCCUGUCUUCGGGGUUUGAGAUUGCCAUCCUCAGAUCCAGAGGAGCUGGAGGUUGCUGCCCUCUGCACACAGUGGAAGAGGAAACUACUCCAACAUCGACAUCAAGAAACCUCAAGUGAAGACUGUGAUGAGCUGGGCUUACGAAAAACAAGCACGAGGAACCUCCUAGUAUUGGCGGCCCUGGUUCAACAAGCAUAAUAAAAGCUGAGGCAUAUUCUCCAAGUCACCCUGUGUUGACCAGUGAUUUGGCAGCUAAGCAUGCCUCUUGGGCUGAGCCUGAGACACCGGUCUUUGUGGCCAGGGCUUGUGCUUUUACAGAGCUUCCCUUACAGCAUUCCUGGCUAAGAACAUGGUGCACUGAUGGAAAUUCAACAGGGAACGCUCCUGUCUGUAUGUGACAUACGCAGAGGGGUUUUAUAAAGAGCAGCACAGACAGAAGAUGAAUGCACUUUGAAGAGAAUCAUGCCCUUUUUUGUUUAAUUGUCCAUCCAUUCUUUCACUCUGUUCUGAUCAUUCUGUUUUUUAAAACCACUUUAUUAAUUCACACAUCAUAGCAUCCAUACAUUUAAAAUAUAUCUUUGUUUUUAAUGCUCACAGAUUUAUGCAAGCAUCAGCACAGUCAGCUUAGAAUAGUUUAGUCAUUCCUGAGAGAAACCCUUCAGUGGUCUCCUUUUGCCCUAGCCUAGUAGCUGUUAAUUACUUUAUUUUAUAGAUUUUCCUAGACUGAACACUUCCUAUAACUAGAAUAAUAUAAGUGGUUUUUGUGACUGGCUUACAUUGUUUAGCAUAGCUUUUGAAAGACCAUUUAUGGGGAGAGGGAAAGAAAAUGUUUAGCUCAAUUUAAAAAAAAAAAGAAAGAAAACGGGCUGGGUGGUGGUGGUGCAUGCCUUUAAUCCCAGCA